UUGAACACAGCCCAGCCUGCUCUCACUACACUUCACGUUUGAGGCAACACAGGAUGCAGGCUCCUCGACUCAAGCUGGAGUCACAGUGAGGAAACAGAAUGUCAGGGAAGGAAGCGCUGAGCGGAGUGGAAAAGCCCGACUCCAUCCAGGUUUAGACUCACACACGCUUGGCACAUUUUACAGCAGUAGAAGCUUAACGUUAACCUGGAAAACAGCAUUAAGAGCUUGACCUGAAGAGGAGACAUAAACCAGGAGGACGUAAACCACCACUGGACUGCAGGGUAUCAGCAGGGAUACCCCACGGAUCAACAUCAGAGACGAUGAGUCUUUCACGGAGCACCACGCUCGAGAAGGCAGCGUCCGAGGCCCACUCUGAGGCCCGCUCCCCUUCCAGAGCGGGGUCAGGAGUUACGGUGCCGCCUCCUUACUCCAUGGGUAAUGGUGAGGCCGCCGACGMCCCCCUGGAGCUCAGGGGGUCUCUGGACUGCUGGGCCUGCUCCGUGUUGGUCACCGUCCAGAACCUGAUCAUCGCCCUCAUCAACGGCGGGCUGGCGAGCAUCGUGUUCGGCGUCAUCCUCACCCCGGCUCUCGUCAUGAUCGUCUUCGGCUUCCUCUGCCACUCCACGGUGCAGCCCUAUGGCUCGUCGGUGUACUGUUCUGACCUGCUGGACGACACGGGCUGUGUGGCUCUGCUGGUGGUGGGCUUCCUGCUGCUGACCCCUCUACUGGUCCUGGCGCUCGCAGCCUUCUGCCGUCUGGCCCGGCACCUCCAGCUAGGCCUGUGCUUCAUCCCUUACAGCCGGGCCGUCUACAAGAACCUACCGGCCUCGCGCCACCGGGGGCCCGGCCCUGGAGGCUGCUGCAAGCAGCAGGAGGCCAAGGAGAGCGAGGAGAAGGGCAGCAUCUGGGUGUAGGGGGCUGUAAUAUGGAGAUCAGCUCUUUUUAUUUUUUUAAGAAUUAUUUUCUGUGCAACAGCUUGUGUUAACCUGUAUGUCAAUUCUUUCAAAUGUUAUAUUGAAAAUGAUUUUUACCGUUUUAUACUCUUUCAAUUUUAUGGAAAGUUUUUGUAGCUUUUUUCUUGUAAUAAAGGGACUUUUUCAAAUACAAGUUUCUACAGAAACCAAACAGACUUUGUUCUUUAAAAACUCAUUUAAUUUUCCAUCAGCUGCCUUCUUGCUUUCCAGGUCACUGGUGCCCAUAUUCAGCGGUCACUGUGAAAGGGGCAUGAGACACCCUGGACAGGUCACAAGUCCAUCACAGGGACGCAUAGAGACAAAAACAUUCACACUCGGGACARUUWCGAGUUACCAGUUAACCUAAUGUUCAUGUUCUUGGUUUGUGAGAGAAAACCCGGAGAAACCCUACAUUUGGACAAGAACAAMAAAGSCAAGAGACAAACCUGGGACCUUCUGGCUGUGAGGCCACAGCUCUAAUCACUGCUCUACCGUGUCACCCACUGAUAAAAGUGUAGUUGUAGUACUCACAAACUGUAUCCCRAUUUAUUCACAAAAAUGUCUCAAAGACACAUACUGUAUGUGUGAGUUUGGCAUCCUUUUAAUCUUUCAGCUGAUUAAAUCGUCUUGUUUAAGUUGAA